CGUGAGCGGGAAAACAAUAACAAAAUCAAGAGACACACGAUUAUAAAACGCACAAAAUAACUGAGUGACAAAAAAAAAAAAUUAAAUGCGUGUCUCAUGGCUUGACUGUACUGUGUAUUAAAAAAUGUGAUUGUGUCUGCUGUCUGUCCGUCUGAUUUCGUGCUCGUGUGUGUGCUGUUGGCGUUUUUAAAUGUGGCGCGCUAUUUUUGUGUGAUUUUUGUGGGCAGCAACGAAUUUUGAAACAUCAAUUUUAUACUAGUAGUCAGUCCCCUUGUGAAAAAGUCUCCUCCAACAACAAAAUUCCUUUUCGAGAAAGCAGCGCGCCAAGCAGCAAGAAGAAGAGCGAAGGGAGUUGAAAAAGCAGUGGCGUUGUGGAGGAGGAGUAGAAAGGGGAUUUUCGCGAAAAAUCCCAACUUGAAGAGAAUUUUCCCCGUAACCGUUUAACAUUAAAUCGUCGUGUUGGAGACAAAUAGCAGCGAAUACGCUAGCAACGCUGGGGAGGAACAACAAUUGUUGGAUUUGGACGCGACCGCUUUGAUGUCGCUGCCAAUGAAUUCGCUGUAUUCGCUCACCUGGGGCGAUUACGGCACCAGCCUCGUAUCGGCAAUCCAAUUGUUGCGCUGCCAUGGCGACCUCGUCGAUUGCACGUUGGCCGCCGGCGGGCGGAGUUUUCCCGCCCACAAGAUAGUCCUCUGCGCCGCCUCCCCCUUUCUGCUGGACUUGCUAAAGAACACACCAUGCAAGCAUCCAGUGGUGAUGUUGGCUGGCGUCAAUGCGAACGAUCUGGAGGCGCUGCUGGAGUUUGUGUACCGCGGAGAGGUGAGCGUGGAUCACGCCCAGCUGCCGUCGCUACUGCAGGCUGCCCAGUGCCUAAACAUCCAGGGACUGGCCCCGCAGACGGUGACCAAGGACGAUUACACCACGCACUCGAUACAACUGCAGCACAUGAUUCCGCAACAUCACGACCAGGACCAACUGAUUGCGACGAUCGCCACGGCCCCACAGCAAACGGUUCAUGCCCAGGUGGUGGAGGACAUCCAUCACCAGGGCCAGAUUCUCCAGGCAACGACCCAGACCAACGCAGCAGGACAACAGCAGACAAUUGUGACCACCGACGCGGCUAAACACGACCAGGCAGUGAUUCAGUCUUUUCUCCCGGCACGCAAACGCAAACCACGCGCAAAGAAAAUGUCACCUACGGCACCGAAAAUAAGCAAAGUUGAAGGAAUGGAAACGAUCAUGGGCACACCGACCUCUUCACACGGCUCUGGAUCCGUGCAACAAGUGCUUGGCGAAAAUGGAGCCGAGGGCCAACUGCUAACAUCCACACCGAUCAUCAAGAGCGAAGGACAAAAGGUAGAGACGAUUGUGACCAUGGACCCCAACAACAUGAUACCGGUAACGUCGGCCAAUGCGGCAACUGGCGAAAUAACAACGGCACAAGGAGCAACUGGCUCAUCUGGCGGCAAUACAACCGGCGGCUUAAGCACUCCAAAGGCUAAACGAGCUAAACAUCCGCCCGGAUCAGAUAAACCACGUUCGCGAUCACAAUCUGAACAACCCGCUACUUGCCCCAUUUGCUAUGCUGUCAUUCGUCAAUCCAGGAACCUGCGGCGCCAUCUCGAGCUGCGGCACUUUGCCAAACCCGGCGUGAAGAAGGAGAAGAAAAUAAUCAGUGGCAAGAAGUCUAGCAGCGGAUCCAGCGGUUCGGGCAGUGGAGCACUGAGCUCCAGUGGCAGUGUGCCACAGGUCCAGACGGUUCAGUCCCUGCACACCUUGCAGGGUGUGCAGGUCAAAAAGGAUCCGGAUGCCCAGCAGCAGCAGCAACAGCAGCAGCAGCAACAGCAGCAAGCAAUGACAGUGAGCGGUGCGGCGGGCGGACAAGUGCAACAGCAGGUGCAGCAAGUGCAGCAGCAAGUCCAGCAGCAGCAGCAACAGCUGCAACAUCACCAAAUCAUAGACUCGUCGGGCAACAUUACCACGGCCACGACGAGUGCUCAAGCGGCGGCUGCCGCACAGCAACAGGCGGCUGGACAGCAGCAGCAACUAGUGGCUCAAUCCGAUGGCAGCGAGAGUGGAGCUCCGCUUUCGAUUGCUCAGGUGCAGACGCUGCAGGGCCAUCAGAUCAUCGGCAAUUUGAAUCAGGUGAAUAUGACUGACUUUCAACAACAACAGCAGCAGCAACAGCAACAACAACAGCAGCAGCAACAGCAGCAGCAACAACAGCAGCAACAGCAAACACAACAGACGCUCUGAUCGGACCGAAGUCUUAGAUCCACCUUGUACUAUUCUAUACAAAUAUUAAUUUGGGUUUUUGCUAAACGCUUUAAAUAUUCUCUUUGCGGAAUGCGUAGACGAAUUCUAAAUUAGUUUUAGAAAGCCCGAAAGGCAUAUUUAGUUGUUUACCAUUUUGUUGUACAAUUUUAUGACUUUAAAUGUUGAUUUGCCCCCUACAAAUUAUUUUGUUGCUAGAUAAACGCUAAAGUGCUCUAUGGUUAUUGGAAAUUACUUGCAUAUUUUACAUACUUUAUAAAUAUUAUCAUUUUGUAUGGUGUUCCAAAUGUCCCAAUGCUAGAGGACCUCUAGUCACUUUGAAGUCCUGCAGAUCAGUAAACACCUUAAUCCAACAAGGAUCCCUUGCUCACGGUUAGAUUUUGGCCUUGAGCGAUUGCUCCUUGAUUUAAAAAAUAUGAAUUAAUUACUUAGUAUACAAUCCUUGAUGUACGAGGAUUUACUUAAGCAGCUCAAAAGUUCUUGAUCUGAUCAAAAGAGAGUUCGCUCAAGAUGGUUUCCAAAAACCUGAUUCUGUGUCUGCCCACCAACAACCACUCAAGUAAUCAAUUCGAUAUCUCUUCUUUCGUUUUUGUUUAAGAAUUAGGCGCUGUAUGUUUAAAUUGAACCAAUUUUAUAUGUAUAUUUCUUAAUUUUAAUAGUUGCAAAUUUUUCUUAAAAUUUAGAACCGUUGUAGUAGUUUAGGUAGAUGAAAUACAUUCCUGGGAAUUAUGAUUUAAUUAUAUAAAUUUGAACGAAAGGGUAUAUUUCAUCUAGCUCAACUGGUCGAAUUAUUGUUAGUCUUCUUACAUACUUAAAUAAAAUCUAAUUUUAUUUAAAACAAUUUACAAAAAAUAAGUUUAAUAAAACAAAACCUUUU